CCCGGCUCUGCGCGCGCCGUAAGACCUACCCUGGGCUUGUCUCGGGCUCGCGUCCUGGCAACGGGCCGCUCAGCCAUAGCGGGCGCCAUGGCCCUCCCGCGGGCCCAGGCCCGCGGCUGGGUGAAGGCCGCCAAGCUGGCCCAGAGGCGCCGCCCCGCGGAGGACACGGGAGGACCCCAGAGUCCUGCGCCCGGGAGCCAGCGCGCCGCGCUUUACGUCCACUGGCCCUACUGCGAGAAGCGCUGUAGUUACUGCAACUUCAACAAGUACAUCCCCCGUGGUGUGGACGAGGCUGCUCUGAGGCGCUGUCUGGUGACCGAGGCUCAGACGCUGCUGCGACUCAGCGGAGUGCGACAAGUGGAGUCUGUGUUCUUCGGUGGGGGUACCCCCAGUCUGGCCAGCCCCCAGACUGUGGCAGCUGUCCUGGAGGCGGUGGCCCAGGCAGCUCACUUGCCUGCAGACUCUGAAGUCACACUGGAGGCCAACCCCACUUCGGCCUCAGGCUCCAGGCUGGCAGCAUUUGGGGCAGCAGGAGUCAACAGGUUGUCCAUUGGCCUCCAGUCUCUCGAUGACACGGAGCUCCAGCUGCUGGGGAGGACACACUCGGCCAGUGAUGCUCUGCAGACCCUGGCGGAGGCCCAACGCCUCUUCCCAGGGCGUGUUUCUGUGGACCUGAUGCUGGGGCUGCCAGCACAGCAGGUGGGGCCGUGGCUCAGGCAGCUGCAGGACCUGCUGCGCUGCUGUGAUGACCACGUGUCCCUCUACCAGCUGUCCCUGGAGCGGGGCACCGCACUCUUCACCCAGGUGCAGCAGGGUGCCCUUCCUGCCCCGGACCCCGAACUAGCCGCUGAGAUGUACCAGGAGGGACGGGCAGUCCUGCGGGAGGCUGGCUUUCGCCAGUAUGAGGUCUCCAACUUUGCCCGGAAUGGGGCGCUUAGUACCCACAAUUGGACUUACUGGCAGUGUGGUCAGUACCUUGGCGUUGGGCCUGGGGCCCAUGGGCGAUUUAUACCCCAGGGGGCCGGGGGCCACACCCGAGAAGCUCGGAUCCAGACCCUAGAGCCUGACAACUGGAUGAAGGAGGUGACACUGUUUGGUCAUGGCACCAGGAGGCGCAUCCCACUGAGUGAGCUGGAGCUGCUGGAGGAAGUUUUGGCCAUGGGGCUACGCACAGACGUGGGCAUCACUCACCAGCACUGGCAGCAGUUUGAGCCCCAACUGACCCUGUGGGACCUGUUUGGAGCCAGCAAGGAGGUGAAGGGGCUACAGGAGCAGGGCCUGUUGCUGCUGGAUCACAGGUGUGUUGUGGGGCAGUGGUUAGGGGUCCCAGGGAAUCCUGACUACACAUCUACAGACCAGAGAAAGGUGAGAAAGAUAGACAAGGAAGGGCCUCUGGUGCCAGGGCCUUGGCAUUGGCAGAGGGUGAGGAUUGAGACUAGUAAGAGGGGGCAGUCACAGCCAGGCCUCUUGUUGUUCCAGGGGUCUUCGGUGUUCCUGGGAGGGGCUGGCUGUGCUGGACUCUCUGUUGCUGUCCCUUCUGUCUCGGCUCCAAGAGGCCUGGCAGCAGAAAACCCCCUCUUCUGUGCCCAGAGGAUAACCAGCAGAGGAGAGCCACAUGUUUUGUAGCCAGGACUCUGCAGGCUUGAAGCUGCCACCUCUGCCUUGGUGUUUGGUCUCAAUUUCUGUGUUUUCCCUCCUGGAGAACCCACAUGUCCCAUCUUCAAGAGACCAUCCACUUCCUGGAAAGGAACUGCAUUCUACAAAGAAAGGACUUUAAGUAAUAGGAUUGCUGUAAACUGAAUGUUUGUGUUCCUCCCAGAAUCCAUGUGUGGAAACUUCAUCCCUGGAGGCAUGGUCUUCAGGGGCGGUGCUUUGGGAGGUAAUUAGGUCACCAGGAUAAAGCCCUCAUGAAGGGGAUUAAUGUGCUUGUGAAAGAGAGCUCCCUGGCCUCUUCCACCAUGUGAUGACAUGGAGGGAAGACAGAUGGCUAUGUACCAGGAAUCGAGCCCUCACCAAAUCUCCUGGCACCUUGAUCUUGGACUUCCCAGCCUUCAGAACUGUGAGAAAUAAACGUUUGUUGUUUAAGCCA